AUGUACAUUUCCCCCAGAAACUUUAGUUUUAGAAAGUGUGGAAUGGAUGGAAUUCAAUUUUUGCGAGAGGCUCAUAAGGAUAUUUUUGGAGUCGAAAUUAGCUCAUCGUCCUCCUCAUCAUUCGGUGGUUCUUCUGGAGGCUCUUCAGGUUCUUCAUCUGGAGGAUAUGGUGGCUCUUCAUCUUCCCACAGUAGUUCAUCUACUCCUUCCCCUGACAAAGAUACUGAAUGGUGGCAUUGGGCACUGCUUGUUGUCAUUCUAAUUGCUAUCAUAGGAUCAUCUAUUUCGAGUUCGGUUGGUGCAUAUCUGGCAGUUCAAAGCAGUCAAAAGAAGAAAAUGGAGAUGCAGAAUCAGAAUGGUUCAGCGCCCAAAAAUAGUAAUGAAGGAGCAAAGGGAAGUAAAAGUGAUGAGAAGAAUAAAUAA